AUGGCCAACUCAGGAGAUGACCAGUCCAGCAGCGAGCCAGUUAGUCUCCUCGGCGAACUGCAGCACAUGCUGAUGGUAUCACACUCGCCUAGCAAGACGGGAGACAGGAGCUCGACAAACUCUCCCGAGCUUCCGCAGGAGGAUGACCAUCGGUCACAUGCCUCGGGUGAUGAUUCAUGUGACGAGAAUGAUGUGGCGGACAUGGACGAAGACAACCAGGAGGAGGAGAAGCACCCAUGGGUGAUGGAGACGGAGAGCGUGGUCGACCGUGAGCUGGGCCCAUCACAAGAUCCUACGUCGAACACCCCCGGAGAUCCGGUGGCAUAUACUUUGAUUAGAGACUUAGACGACCGAGUCCAAAACAACGAGGAUCAGCUGAAAAAGCAAGGCUCUUUCAACGACAGUACCCACCAGAGCAUGACCACAAUGUCGCACAAAAUCCGCGCACUGGAGGCGAAGGUCGACCACUUGCAAGAUAUGAUAAAUGACUUAUGCAAGUCCCAGGGCAUGCCAGCUGUGGAGAGGAAGGCGGUACGCACUAGCUCGCCGCUACGCGCUGCGGUUGAGAGAAAACGCGCCGGGUCACGGCAAAUGGGACUGUACCGUGAGGCUACGAAAGAAAUGUAA